GGUGGUCACUGGCUUUCUAUCUGGGCAGGAUAGCACCUGCACAUCAGGGAAAACAGACCAAGCUCUCACAAGGGCAAUAUCAUCCUUUGGAAUUUGUUCACUUUUAAUUACAGGAGCUUUUAAGUGAAUAAGACCAUUUUCCCAAUGAGCAGUGUCAUAAACAUUGAGGACUCUCUUAAAUCAGAAGAUGAAUGAAUGGAUGGAAUCUUUGCUGGGAUAAUAUGCAAUCAAGCUAAUAGGUGCCUUACCUGGACCUCCCAACAGGUUCCGGCUUUCUUGCUGUUUAAUUUCUUGCUUCACGAAAGGGAAGAAGAUGGAGACGCCAAGGUUUCUUUGAAAACAGAUAUUUGCACAAGAAGGCAGCCAAGGCUGUGUUAACAUUUACCAUUAAAAACCCAACACAUCUAGACAAAACACCAAAUGCAAAAGCUUCACGUUUCCCAAAUAAAUUUCUUUUAUAAUUUGUCACUGCUCGGUUGUAGGCUUUGAAAAUAGUUUUCAUUUUCCUGUUAUUGACAAAAUUAAAGCUGCCAAGAAGUAGAUGGUGAACAAGGAUUUUAUCUCUGACUGUAGCACCAAGGCAACCUGAGAUAGGUCUAAUUUGCAGCAUAAAUCUUCUUUUCCACUGGGGGAAGAACACACGAGCCACGUUGAGUAGCCACCCAUUUGUAUUUUUGAUUUGCAACUUCUGUCUAGUGAGCCAAGGUCAGGUGCGAUAUUUGUGAUGGGGAAGCUGAAUAGCUAUUUAGUGAAAAAAUAAGUGGUGCUGAAGGAACUAAACUAGACGAUGAAUUUCUUGACAUGGAAAGGAAAAUAGAUGUUACCAAUAAAGUUGUUGCAGAAAUUCUUUCAAAAACCACUGAAUAUCUUCAGCCAAAUCCAGCAUACAGAGCUAAGCUAGGAAUGCUGAACACUGUGUCGAAGAUCCGAGGGCAGGUGAAGACCACAGGAUACCCGCAGACGGAAGGCUUGCUGGGGGACUGUAUGCUGAAAUAUGGGAAGGAGCUCGGGGAAGACUCCACCUUUGGCAAUGCAUUGAUAGAAGUUGGUGAAUCCAUGAAGCUAAUGGCUGAGGUGAAAGACUCUCUUGAUAUUAAUGUAAAGCAAACUUUUAUUGAUCCACUUCAGUUACUACAAGAUAAAGAUUUAAAAGAGAUUGGGCAUCACCUGAAAAAGCUGGAAGGCCGCCGCCUGGAUUACGAUUAUAAAAAGAAACGAGUAGGUAAGAUACCAGACGAAGAAGUCAGACAAGCGGUAGAAAAGUUUGAAGAGUCAAAGGAGUUGGCUGAAAGAAGCAUGUUUAACUUUUUAGAAAAUGAUGUAGAACAAGUCAGCCAGUUGGCUGUGUUCAUAGAGGCAGCAUUAGACUAUCACAGACAGUCCACAGAGAUUCUGCAGGAGCUGCAGAGCAAGCUACAGAUGCGAAUAUCAGCUGCAUCCAGUGUCCCCAGACGAGAAUACAAGCCAAGGCCUGUGAAAAGGAGUUCUAGUGAGCUCAAUGGAGUUUCCACCACCUCUGUAGCGAAGACGACAGGUUCUAACAUUCCCAUGGACCAGCCCUGCUGUCGUGGUCUCUAUGACUUUGAGCCAGAAAACCAAGGAGAAUUAGGAUUUAAAGAAGGGGACAUCAUUACAUUAACCAAUCAAAUAGAUGAAAACUGGUAUGAAGGAAUGAUACACGGAGAAUCGGGAUUCUUCCCCAUUAAUUAUGUUGAAGUGAUCGUGCCUUUACCUCAGUAAAUGUGUAACACAAACUCUGGACAUACUUUCAUAACUGAAAUGAAUUCACACCAGUGUGCUCUCAGUGUGGUGUUCUGUGACAUCCUUUGCUCUCUGACCAACUUAAUGACUUUUGUAUGUGUGUUCUCUUUAUAAUGUAUUUUAUAUCACUUUAAUUUGUAUAAAUGAUUUUCUUGUCCUUGCUACAUGAAAAUAUUGUUUUCUUUUUUGCUUCCUGUCCUAAAAGUCAUUGGUUAAAUGUAUUUGCUUCCUGUUGCUAAAAAUAAGUCUCACCCAUUGCAGUUAUGUCAACGAAUGGCCUAUAUUCCUCAGCUGCAAUGAAAUGGUAACAUUUGAAACUAAGAAAUGCUAAAUAUUUUGUUUCUCGACAUUCCUGAUGACGUCUGGUCUUUUCUUUUCAUUGUAUUUUAAGCUUACCUGUGAAUAGCCCAAUAAACAUGACACACUGUGUUGGCAAAA